CACAGAUUUGCAACAUUUCCAGGAGUCCGGUAGAUCAGAAGCAGAUUCUCCUUCCUUCUGUGGUUUCCUUCUUCGUCGGUAUUCCUCGAAGCAGUCGGUGAAGUUUAUUUCAAGCUGAAUUUCCUUUCCUCCCUUACCCACUUUCACCUGGAUAACUAGCCAUUAGAAGUUAAAAAAAGGAAAUGGAUCUCACACACGAAAGAACUCUCCCUGUCGAUGAUGUCGACAGUCUUGUUCCUGAGCCCAGCUCAACUAAAACGAGCCAGCUGGAAGAAGUGAUGAACCAAGAACUGUUAAGGGGAGGCGGAAUUCUGACAAAAGUUGAAUUGGAUUUAGCAUUUUGUUCUGAGAAGUUGGUGAAUCUAAGUGUUCUCAUGAUGCACCUGGGCACGAUGGAAAGCGACUUUGAAGCGUUUGCUUCUGAGAAAGAACCCUCGGGAGUUGAUUCUGCUGGGAAGGCUAUGGAGUUUGACCUCUUGUCAGUAAUCCUUGAUUCAGAGGUGAACGAUCUUGAAAAACUUAUCCAGCAUCUCCAGACAGAAACUCAAAGUGUGCGUGACAUGAUAUCCCCAUUUCAAGAGGUGGAGGAAGCUUUCCCAGAGAUGAUAGAGAAGUUGUGUAAUGCUGAACAAGCUUUGCAGCAGUCACUAGAUCAAAUUUUGGAAAUGAAAAUGCAAUCUGCUAAAUUUCAGAGGAUAUCGUCUGGCUUGGAUGGAGUUGGAACUUGGUCUGGAGGUCAAGUCGGAGAAUUUCAAUAUGAUGGCGAGUUUGGUGAUAUGAGCUCUAAAAUUAAAAUGCUGACGGCUGAUCAACAAAGGAACUUUUUGAGGAUGCUGGAGAAAUCUCUGGGCAAAGAGAUGGAACUGGAGAAGAAAUUAACUGAAUCAAGACAAACCGAGAAAGAACUGCGAGUGGAGCUAUACUCUUCUGAGCAGAAUGUUUUCUACAUGGAAGAAGAAGCCCAAGAGGCUUAUUCUAGGUGGUUUGAGGCAGAGAAUGCUGCUGAAGUCUUUAAAGGAAUUUCAAAAGAGCUAUUAGGAAAACUUCAGAUUCUUCAGUUCAAUCUAAACGGCUACUUUAAGCGGGAAAAUGACUUGAAAUCUGAGCUAAUUGGUUCAAAGGAACAGCUGGAAGCGAAAGAAAGUGCUUUGCAAAAGCUUGAUAGCAGCAAUGCAAGAGUCAAUGGCUUCCUUGCGGCACAAGCAGAAGGCUUGAAAGAAUGUCUGAGAGAAACUGAGGAUAAACUGAUUCUGUUAGAUUCUGAGAAUAUGACACUAAGGGAAACAAUCAGUUCUCUCGAGGAACAGCUGAAGGAACGUGAGCUCCAAGCAAAAGAUUUGGGGUGUGAAAGUCAAAGGCAGGAUUCUGUUUCUUCUGCUACACAGUUAAGGGACCUGGAGCAUGCCGUUGAGGAUCUGAAAGACAGACUGACAAUAGCGGAAGCUAGAGCUGAGGAUGCUGAAUCAAAAUGUAAACAAGUAGAUCAAAACAAUAAGGAACUUACUGAUGAGUUGGAGCCUUUCAAAGCAAAGGGUUUCACUGCAGAGAAGUUGGAAUCAGUUGAGAAACGCUUAAGAGAUUCAGAUAUUCAGCUAAAACAUGCAAUAGCAGCUGGUGAAGCAAGUGAAGAGAAGCAGAACAUGUUAUAUUCUACAGUAUUUGAUAUGGAAAACGUGAUAGAGGAUCUGAAACUAAAAGUUACGAGGGCAGAUUUGGGCUGUGAAAGUCAAAGGCAGGAUUCUGCUUCUUCUGCUACACAGUUAAGGGACCUGGAGCAUGCCAUUGAGGAUCUGAAAGACAGACUGACAAUAGCGGAAGCUAGAGCUGAGGAUGCUGAAUCAAAAUGUAAACAAGUAGAUCAAAACAAUAAGGAACUUACUGAUGAGUUGGAGCCUUUCAAAGCAAAGGGUUUCACUGCAGAGAAGUUGGAAUCAGUUGAGAAACGCUUAAGAGAUUCAGAUAUUCAGCUAAAACAUGCAAUAGCAGCUGUUGAAGCAAGUCAAGAGAAGCAGAACAUGUUAUAUUCUACAGUAUUUGAUAUGGAAAACGUGAUAGAGGAUCUGAAACUAAAAGUUACGAGGGCAGAUUACCGGGCUGACAGUGUGGAAGAUAAGUUGAUUGCAGUAUCCGAGUCUAAUGCAGAGCUCAACGAGGAACUGAGUUAUUUGAGAGGCAGAUUGAAAGAAUUAGAGGAAUUAAAAACGAGAACUGCUAAAGACAUCGGUGUUCGUAACAAGAUAAUGAAAAAUCUGGUAAUGCAGCUAGCUGUUGAACGAGAACGGCUUCACCAGCAGAUAUCUACCUUAUCAGUAGAGAAUAGUGUGUUGGUGAUGAAGUUGAAACAGAGGGGCAAGCCUUGUUCUGCUGUCAAUGGUAAUGGGUUCACGCAAAGCAAAAAAGAUGGUUUUUCACCAAAACCUGAACAGAGUGGUGAGUCUCGACAUCGAGAAAGCAGAUCACGAGUGACCGUCACGACCUCGGCUACCAGUUCAGAGGAAGAGGGGUCAAAAGGGUCAGCAGUGUCGGAGACAGAAUCCAAAUCAGAGACGAGCGAUGUAAGAAGAGUAGAUGCAGGUGCUCUUGGAAUGAAGCACAUCCUCACGGCUAUUCUCUUGCUUAUAUUAUCGGCUGCUGCUUACUCUAUUCUCCAACCCGACCCAGCGUUUUAAACGUCACCAGUUACUAUAUAUAUAUAUAUAUAUAAGCUAAUCUAGGCUUCUCUCUAGCUUUGUUCAUAUGGGUUUUUUUUGUUUAUGCAAUUACUUCCAGAUUGCUUGGAAUAGUACAUGUUGAUAUAACAUUUUGAUCCCAACUUGGCUCGGUUUGGUUUUUUCGACCAAAGGAGAGUGGUUCUUUCUUU